UAGUUUUCACAUCUAGAUUUAAAAGUGCAUAGCUCCAGUGGCUUCCUUAUAUAAAUGCGAGCAAUUUUAUAUAGGCUUUGUUGUUGUAAAAUUUCCCCAACUAUCACCCCGAUUGUGUUAAAACUGAAAAAGUUUGCGCGCAAAAAUGAAACAACCACGGAGGGAUGAAGGCAUCCGUGGAGUUACAUUGAGAGAAGAGAGGAGCACGGUUCGGUCUUCUGGCGCGGCAGUUGAACUCAAAGGAAAAUGUUUUCCACUGCGUGUCGGUUGUCACGGGCGUGUGCUGUAUGGCUCUGUGAUGUGUGCUGGGGUCGUGUCUCACGUGUUGCUCGGCACGAGGUCCCACGUCUCGUUUGACGUCCUGGGAGCUUACACCCCCACACCCACGGCCCCCAAUCCGCCGAAAAGUAUAAAUGGGCACACCGCAGUCCAAUAACACAGGCAGCUUAUUUUGGGGUAAAAUUUGAGUACUCUCACAUGGCCCACGUGGAAGGCUAGGCCUAAUACCAUCUAGAAGGGCUCUCUCGAGCUCUCCCUCUACUGGGGGACUUCCGCCAGCAGUGGCAUGAACAGGAAAUUGCAGGGCUGCACCUCUACUGUUCACCCUCUAUGACCAUCUUAUUCGGAUUAAGGCAGACUUUUGUCUUUUCCAGCAAAUGUUCAGGGUGCAUCCUAUAAUCUGCCUCCUACGGGAACCGCCUGAAUCGCUUCAUCCGACACUACGAGGGACUCAGCUACAGCACGGAGGAGCUGCACGCCAAGCACACGCGUGCCCGUCGCGCGAUUUCCCCUCUCCAGCAGGAGCUGGCACUCACCUUUCAGGCGCACGGCAGACACUUUGAUCUGCGCAUGAGGAGGGACACCCGGGUAUUCAGCGAUGACUUCAAGGUGCAGACAUCCCAGGGUCUCGAGGAAGCCGACACCUCGCACAUCUACACGGGCAGCCUGCACGGGGAGAAGGGCAGCCUCUGCCACGGAGCGGUGAUGGACGGACGCUUCGAGGGCUUUAUCGGCACGAGCAGGGGGACCUUCUACGUGGAGCGAGUGGAGCACUACCUUCUCGACAUGGGGACGACGUCAUCGCCGUCAACUCCGACGGGGCCAUCGCCAUUCCCGGCGACGUCGUCGUCGUCAUCGAAGUCACCGCUAUCACCGCCACCACUGCCAGCCUUCCACUCCGUCAUUUACCAUGAGGAUGAUGUAGAGUUCCCGCACAAGUAUGGGCCGCGAGCGGGCUGCGCUCGUGACGCCGUGCUCGAGCGCAUGCGGAGGUUCCAGGAGUCGGCCGUGGAGUCCGACUCGGCCGAGUCGGCUCCGGGCGAUGGAGCAGGAGCCGGGCCGGCGGUGGAGCGCAGCAGGCGGGCAGCGACGACCACCGUCCCCCGGAACACGUGCCCUCUCUACAUCCAGGCCGACCAUACCUACUAUGCCAAGUACGAGAACAAGGAGGCCGUCCUCGCACAGAUUUCCAUGCAUGUGGUUGGCAUGGAGAGGGUCUACCAGUCGACCAACUUCAACGGCAUCAAGGACACCAGCUUCGUGGUGAAGCGCGUGCGGAUCAAUACGACGGAGGAUGCACUCGAUGCCAGCAACCCUUUCCGCUCCUCUCGCCUUGGUGUCGAGAAGUUCCUGGAUCUCAACUCGGAGCAGAACCACAACGACUUCUGCCUAGCCUACGUCAUGGCCGACCGCAAUUUCGGAGAUGGAGUGCUCGGCUUGGCCUGGGUUGGCUCUCCCACAGGGGCGUCGGGCGGCAUCUGCGAGAGGAACAAGCUGUUCUCGGACCGGACUCGCAAGUCGCUCAACACGGGCAUCGUGACGGUGAACAACUACGGGUCCCACGUGCCCCUCAAGGUGUCCAUCAUCACCAUCACCCACGAGGUCGGCCACAACUUCGGCUCUCCGCACGACUCGGAGGCUCGCUGCAUGCCCGGCGAGUCCCAGGAACGUGCGCAGAGGACGGCCGGGAACUACUUGAUGUAUCCCUACGCCCAGUCGGGCGACAAGCCGAACAACAUGCUGUUCUCUCCGUGCAGCGUCGACAGCAUCAGCAAAGUGCUCAAGGCCAAGCGCAACUUGUGCUUCAUCGAGUCGGACACGCCGGUGUGUGGAAACGGGCUGGUGGAGGAGGACGAGGAGUGCGACUGCGGCUUUGAGGAGGAUUGUGUGGACUUGUGCUGCUUCCCCGCCAGCGCCCCCGCCGGGCAGCGCUGCCGUCUGCGCCCCGACGUGGAGUGCAGCCCCAGCGAGGGCCCGUGCUGCUCGCACGAGUGCAAGUUACACGCAGCGGGGAAGCUGUGCCGGCCCGAGGCGGAGUGCUCGAAGGCCGGGGUGUGCAGCGGCGACAUGGUGAUUUGCCUGGCGUCGGAGCCCAAAGACAACCACACGGUGUGCAACAGGGGGUCGCAGAUCUGCAUGCAGGGGCUGUGCUCGGGCUCCAUCUGCGAGCUGUACGGGCUGGAGGAGUGCCACUGCCCUGGGGAAAGUCCUGAGGCCCAGUGCCACAUCUGCUGCUCCAACCCAGGCGAGUCCUCCUCGUGCGCCGGCACGUCGGCGGAGCGCUGGCGGCGCUACUUCAACGGGUCGCGCGUAGCGCUGCAGCCCGGCUCGCCGUGCGACGGCUUGCGCGGCUACUGCGACGCCAUGCGGCGCUGCCGGCGCGUCGACGCCGAGGGGCCGCUCGUGCGGCUCAAGAAGGCCUUCUUCGAGGGCAAGAUCUACCUCAACGUGGUGCAGUGGGUGCAGAAGUACUGGUGGGGUGCGGCUCUCAUCGGCGUGGGCGUCGUCGUCGCCAUGAUCCUCUUCAUCGUCGUGUGCAGCGCCCACGUGCCCAGCAGCAACCCCAACUUCACCCCUCCGCGCUUCUUCUCAGCCUCGCGAGCUUCCCGGCCGAACCGCGCGAGGGACGUGCGGGCGAGGCAGCCCAGGCAGUCCAUCGAGAUGCAGUAGCGACCGCAGCCGUCGUCCGAAGACCCCGAAGGAGUCACGGUUCACGCCAGGGUGAGAGCUGUUACAUGGAGCCUCCUUCCUUGGACAAAUCCCUUCUGGAGACAUUUCCUGCGGCUACGGCUACCCAGUGCGACGCGCUCGCCUGAAUCUGGAUCAAGUAAAAAAAUAACCACUCUCGGAAGAAACUGUUGGAUGAAAUUGAUUGGCUCGUUUAUUUAUUUGAUGCCCUACUUUAGAGUAGAACUGCUGCUGCUAUAUUAACGCAAGCACGGAAUAUAUGGCCUGUUCAAGGAAGGGAUCUGCUUCAGAAGCUUGUUUGUUAUCUGGUAGAUGAACUGGCGAUAGUGUUGUGUUGUGUGUGGCAUAAACGUGGGAGUCUUGAGAGAGGAAGACGUGAGAAGUGUAGAAAGUCUGGAGAUGUGUGUUUUGGUGUCAAAUGGGAAAAAAAUAUAUAAUGAGUUCGACGGAGAGUAAGAGAAAUGGGGAAGUACUCCAGCAGGUUCAGGAGGAGAUGAGUCACUUUAGGAAAAUACAGAAAAAAGCCACAGCUGAACAUUGGGCACAGGCUUAGAGGUGGGAGCUUGGUGAAGGAAGAUUUUAGGGAUGCUUGCAAAGAGACCACAAAGAGGCAGGAACAGAAAGAUGCUGCUUUGCCAACUUGAAGGCAGCGAGGCUGUUCAGUGAAAUGAAGAGGGAGAAAGCUCAGAGUCGGAUAGCACGGAGGAAGUUUGAGACAAGGAUCUGCCAUUGGGGCAGAGGACUAAAGAGAGGGCAUAAAAAUAAGAUAAUUGUAAAUACAUCUAUAGUUACCGAAUC